AUGGCCGCAGGUCCUCUCUCUGUAUCUUCCACCGCAUCUAACAACAACGAUGGUAUUCUCAUCGGUGAUAAAGUUUACUCGGAAGUGUACCUUACGAUAGACAACUCGCUUAUUCCAGAGGAGAGGCUCUCCCCGACUCCGUCGAUGCUCGACGGCCUCGACCUGAAUACCGAGACCGACCUCCGCAUCCUUGGAUGUGAACUGAUACAGUCCGCGGGUAUUCUUCUCCGGUUGCCACAGGUGGCAAUGGCGACGGGACAGGUUCUUUUCCAUCGAUUUUUCUACUCCAAAUCUUUUGUCAAACACAGCUUCGAGAUUGUUGCUAUGGCUUGUAUCAACUUAGCCUCUAAGAUUGAAGAAGCUCCCCGACGAAUACGUGAUGUCAUCAACGUUUUCCAUCAUCUGAGACAGAUCAGAGGGAAAAAGGGGUCUCUGUCCUUCCCCCAGGCCCACCCCACCCGCUCCUAUGGGAGACUCCCGUGGUCUGAGCCACCGCGGGGCACUGGGAUCGGGGAUGACAGGUUGGCCGAAGGUCCUUGGCCCACGGGGCACCUUGAGGACUCCUGUGGUUCAGUCUUAAGCUCUGGGACUCCAAGUCCAUUGAUACUAGAUCAGAACUACAUAAAUACCAAAAACCAAGUCAUCAAAGCGGAGCGGCGGGUCCUGAAGGAGUUGGGCUUCUGUGUGCAUGUCAAGCAUCCACACAAGAUUGUCGUCUUAUAUCUUCAAGUCCUGGAAUGUGAGAAGAACCAGACACUGGUCCAGACUGCCUGGAACUACAUGAAUGAUAGCCUGAGGACAAACGUGUUUGUGAGGUUCCAAGCUGAAACAAUCGCCUGUGCCUGUAUAUACCUCGCUGCCCGAGCCCUGCAGAUGCCUCUGCCAUCCAAACCUCACUGGUACCUGCUGUUUGGAGUGAGUGAAGAUGAGAUGAAGGAGAUCUGCAUCACCACCCUUAAACUGUACACCAGGAAGAAGCCUAACUAUGACCAGCUGGAAAAAGAGGUGGAGCGGCGGAAGGUGUUCUUGGCUGAGGCCAAGCUGAAGGCCAAAGGCCUGAACCCUGAUGGUACUCCUGCUCUGUCGACACUCGGUGGCUUCUCUCCAGCCUCCAAACCCUGCUCCCCAAAUGUGGUCAAAGUAGAGGAGAAGACCCCCAAUCCCCAGACCAUCAAAACCAUCAAGAAGGAACCGGACAGUCGGGCUCAGGUCAACAAGAGUCCCUAUAACGGGGUGAAGAAAGAGGUGAAGGCUGGAAGGAACAGUCGGAGUGGAAGCCGUUCUCGUUCAAGAACGCGGUCCCGGUCUCGAUCCCGCUCCCCCCGCCGACAUUACAACAACAGACGCAGUCGCUCAGGGACCUACAGCUCUCGCUCACGAUCUCGCUCUCACAGUCGCAGCCCAUCGCCUCGCCGGCAUCCGCCCUCUCCGCUCCUCCCCCACCUCAAAUCCAAGUCCAGCCAUCACAGCAACAGCGACUCCAAGCUGAGUGGACGUCACAGCAACAGCGGCGGUGGAGGGUCAGGGCACAAGAGGAAGCGCUCCCGGUCGCGCUCCCGCACGCCUGUCAAAGUGGACAGAGACAGGGACAGAGAACGGGACCGGGAGAGAGACCGGGAACGCAGCUCCUUUGAUCUCUCCUCAAAGAAACACAAACACGAGCGAGGUGUCGGACAUCGAGGUGACCGCAGGGAGAGGGAGAGGUCUCGGUCCUACGACAGGGAAAGGGACAGGGAGCGCAGCCACAAGGGCAAACACCACAGCAGCGGCGGGCACUCAGGACACAGCCGCCACCGCCGCUAGGCCCCGCAGAGCAGCUCUGGGGCUGACGGCACUGAGGCACGGUCCCAUCAACAAAAGAAACGCUCAGUAACCUGACGAAGGUGGUGGUUGGUGUGUAUUUAUUGGGCAACAAAAUAAAGAGUCUCCAUGGCUGCACCCAGCUGUAGCUGAGCCGUGUCGGCCAUAACGGGCUCGUUUUGACACGUCGGGUCAGUCGUGAAGAUUCACAUUUGUGGGUUUCGCAUAUGCAUCCUGAAUCUGACUUUGUAAACCCUCAGAUUUAAAUAGUUUUUUUUUUUUUUAUCCUAGUAAAAACAACUGCUUCAGUUCCACACGUGGACCCUCUGUGUGCUCUUUGUUUGGAGUCUCAUCCUUCCAGCAGCACACGAGUUCUGAGGUUCUGCCCCAGUAAAAACCUGCUGACCCGUUUGUUUUGCUGAAGCCGGUGGACCAUCAGCCUCAGGCCGGUGCUUUUCCUGUGACCCCCCCCAACACACUUAAGAAUCAUCUAGUCUACUCGAGUGCUCUCGGUCUAACGUGUAAAGUUAUGAACUUUUGAAAAAAAUCAAACUUAUUUACAGUGUAAAGGAUUAAUAUCCACUGACGAAACGUGAACGCUUUGAUUUAUAAAAGCGAGAAGUUCAGUGGAAAGUUUGAAUGAGUAAAUGUAAAAUAAGACGUCAUUCAGGAAAGAUCAGUGUUUGCACAUUAGGGCUUGCAGGCCCAAUGGGGUUUGUUUUUUUUGUUGUUUUUUUUUUUUAAAUCGGACAGAUUUGUUGCUUCUAAGUAAACUGGUGUUCUUUAUUUUUCUUUAUUAUUUUGCUCUCAGCAGGGGAAGCAGACUCAGUUAAACGAUAUUUUAGGGUUGUCAGUUUGUUACACUGGUUUUUAGUCUGCACGUCAUGUCCAGUUUUUAUUCAUUAAUAAAUGAGUUAUGCCACUG